AUGGGAACCGCCUCGUCCCUGGUGAGCCCCGCGGGCGGGGAGGUGAUCGAGGACACGUACGGGGGCGGCGGGGGCGAAGCUUGCGAGAUCCCCGUGGAGGUGAAGCCCAAGGCCCGGCUGCUGCGCGGCUCUUUCCGCCGGGCUGGGGUCGCGGGGGCCGGGGCCGGGGCAGCGGCCGGGGCCGGGGCCGGAGCGCGCGGCGCGGGGCUGCUCGGGGCCAGCUUCAAGUCCACGGGCUCGUCGGUGCCCGAGCUGGAGUACGCGGCGGCCGAGUGCGAGCGGCUGAAAAAGGAGUACGAGAUCUUCCGGGUCAGCAAGAACCAGGAGCUGCUGGCCAUGGGCCGCCGGGAGGCCAAGCUGGACACGGAGAACAAGCGGCUGCGGGCCGAGCUGCAGGCACUUCAGAAAACUUACCAGAAGAUACUUCGAGAAAAGGAAAGUGCUUUAGAAGCCAAAUAUCAAGCUAUGGAGAGAGCAGCAACAUUUGAACAGGACAGAGAUAAAGUUAAAAGACAAUUCAAGAUUUUUAGGGAAACUAAGGAAAAUGAAAUCCAGGACUUGUUGAGAGCCAAACGAGAACUGGAAACCAAACUUCAGAGACUCCAGGCUCAAGGCAUCCAGGUCUUUGAUCCCGAGGAGUCCGAUUCCGAUGACAGUUGCACAGAUGUCACUGCUCCUGGAACUCGCUGUGACUCCUGGCGCGGUGGAGCCUUGGGCAGUGAGCCUUCCAUAGGCAGCAUGAUGCAGCUUCAACAGUCUCACAGGGGACCCGAGUUCGCCCAUAGUUCUAUCGAUGUAGAAGGACCAUUUGCAAAUGUUAACCGAGAUGACUGGGAUGCUGCUGUAGCUAGUUUGUUACAAGUUACUCCAUUGUUCUCCCAUUCUUUGUGGAGUAACACAGUCAGAUGUUACCUCAUCAACACCGAUGAAACACAGCCUGAAAUGGACAUUUUCUUGAGGGACUAUUCACCCAAACUCCAGAGAAUGUGUGAGACAAUAGGAUACUUCUUCCAUGCAAUUUAUUUUCCAAUAGAGAAUGGAAGUCAUUACUUCAAUGUAAGAAAAUGGGAAAUUGAGAAGAGUUCAUUAGUUAUUUUGUUUAUUCAUUUAACUUUACCAAGCUGUUUGUUGGAGGACUGCGAAGAGGCAUUUUUGAAAAACUCCGAAGGAAAGCCUCGAUUGAUCUAUCAUCGCUUGGAGGAUGGCCAAGUCAGCUCUGACUCUGUCCAGCAGUUGAUUGAACAAGUUUCUUACUUGAACAAGGCUAACAAGGCCAAGAUUAUUGACCACCAAGGAGAGCCUGCAGAAGGAGCAUAUAAAACUUAUAAUUACGUGGAAAAAAUUAUUAAACAGGAUAUAUUGGGCUUUGAGAACACAGAGAAGGAAAUGAAAGAUUUGGACAAUGAAGAAGAUUCUACCAUUCCAGAAGAAGAUGAUUAUGGUGAUGUUUUGUGGGAUAUACAUGAUGAGCAAGAGCAAAUGGAGGCUUUUCAGCAGGCUUCUAAUUCAGCAUAUGAUCUAGGAUUUGAGAAGUAUUACCAGCGCCUAAAUGACCUUGUGGCAGCAGCGGCACCUAUCCCGCCCCUUCUUGUGUCUGGAGGACCAGGCUCUGGGAAAUCACUUCUUUUAUCUAAGUGGAUUCAGCUGCAGCAAAAGCAUUCUCCAAACACACUAAUUCUGUAUCACUUUGUGGGGAGGCCCAUGUCUACCAGCUCAGAGUCAGCCUCAAUAAUUAAACGGCUGACUUUAAAGCUGAUGCAGCAUUCCUGGUCAGUAUCUGGGCUAACAUUGGAUCCUGGGAAACUCCUUGAGGAGUUUCCACGGUGGCUAGAAAAGCUCUCUGCUCGCCAUCAAGGCAGUAUUAUCAUCAUUAUUGAUUCUAUAGAUCAAAUUCAGCAAGUUGAAAAACACAUGAAGUGGCUGAUAGAUCCCCUGCCCGUGAAUGUGAGAGUAAUUGUGUCUGUGAAUGUAGAAACAUGCCCUGCAGCAUGGAGGUUGUGGCCAACACUUCAUCUCGAUCCUUUAAAUUCAAAAGAUGCGAAAGCCCUUAUUACUGCUGAAUGCAACUGUGUAGAUAUUAAGUUGACUAAAGAACAGGAAAAGAAACUAGAGCGACAUUGUCGUUCUGCUACAACCUGCAAUGCCUUGUAUGUCACCCUUUUGUGUAAAAUGAUCACGCGUGCUGGAAGAGCCAGCAACAUAGAUGAAAUCUUGCAACAGUGUUUCCAGUGUCAGGAUACUGUGUCCUUAUACAAGCUGGUAUUGCGAUCAAUUCAGGAAUCCAUGGAAAAUGAUAAAGAAAGAGACCUAAUGAAGGAGAUCCUCUGCCUGGUCAGUGUGAGUCACAAUGGAGUGAGUGAGUCCGAACUGAUGGAACUGUACCCUGACCUGUCCUGGUCAGUGCUGACAUCCCUUGUUCACAGUUUGCACAGAAUGUGUUUAUUGACGUAUGGCUGUGGUUUACUCAAGUUCCAGCACCUCCAGGCCUGGGAAACAGUGAGAUUAGAAUACAUGGAAGAAAGUCAACAUAUUUCUACCUAUAGAGAAAAGCUAAUAGAAUAUUUCACCUCACAACUAAGUAAAGCCCGAGUGACCUGGAGGUGUGCAGAUGAGCUCCCUUGGCUUUUUCAACAACAGGGCAACAAACAGAAGUUGCAUGAAUGUCUGCUUAACCUCUUUGUGUCUCAGAAUCUUUAUAAAAGAGGACACUUUGCCGAGUUGCUGAGCUAUUGGCAGCUCGUUGGGAGAGAUAAGGGAUCCAUGGCCGCUGAAUAUUUUGAUUCCUUGAAGCAGUAUGAGAAAAACUGUGAAGGAGAAGAAAGCAUGAUGUCUUUAGCUGAUCUCUAUGAAACCUUGGGUCGGUUUCUCAAGGACCUAGGCCUUCUCAGUCAGGCUAUUGUUCCCUUACAGAGGUCUUUAGAAAUCCGAGAAACAGCCCUGGAUCCAGAUCACCCCCGAGUGGCCCAGUCCCUCCACCAGCUGGCAAGUGUUUAUGUGCAGUGGAAAAAGUUUGGCAAUGCUGAGCAGCUGUAUAAACAAGCCCUGGAAAUCCUGGAGAAUGCCUAUGGUUCCGAGCAUCCUCUCAUUGCUCGGGAGCUUGAUGCCCUCGCAACUUUGUAUCAGAAACAAAACAAAUAUGAACAAGCUGAACAUCUAAGGAAAAAGUCCUUUAAAAUCCGGCAGAAAGUUGCAAGGAGAAAAGGCAAUUUGUAUGGAUUUGCCCUGCUACGUCGACGGGCCUUACAGUUAGAAGAACUUACGUUAGGCAAAGACACACCGGAUAAUGCUCGAACCCUCAAUGAGCUGGGUGUUCUCUAUUAUCUACAAAAUAAUCUUGAGGCUGCUGAUCUAUUUCUGAAGCGCUCUUUAGAAAUGAGGGAGCGAGUCUUAGGACCAGACCACCCUGACUGUGCACAGUCUCUGAACAACCUGGCCGCACUCUACAAUGAGAAGAAGCAGUACGCAGAGGCAGAGGAACUCUACGAACGAGCCCUGGACAUUAGGAGGCGAGCGUUGGCACCUGACCACCCUUCACUGGCCUACACAGGGAAGCAUCUUGCAAUCCUGUACAAGAAAGUGGGGAAACUUGAUAAGGCUGUGCCGUUGUACGAAUUGGCUGUAGAAAUACGUCAGAAAUCUUUUGGUCCAAAACAUCCCAGUGUAGCUACUGCCUUGGUGAAUCUUGCUGUCCUUUAUAGCCAGAUGAAAAAGCCUAUUGAAGCCUUGCCAUUGUAUGAACGAGCAUUAAAGAUUUAUGAAGACAGCCUGGGUCGGAUGCACCCACGAGUGGGUGAAACGCUAAAAAAUUUGGCUGUGCUGAGCUAUGAAGGAGGAGAUUUUGAAAAGGCUGCUGAGCUCUACAAAAGAGCAAUGGAUAUAAAAGAAGCAGAAACAUCUCUCGUCGGGGGAAAUGCACUCUCGAGGCACUCCUCAAGUGGAGACACGUUUAGUUUAAAAACAACCCUUUCCCCCAAUGUCUUCCUUCUCCAUGGACAAAGGUAGCAGUCUCCGUCUUAAUGAAAGGCAUGAACUACCCAAACUAAAACAAACAUCAAUGCACUUUACAAUGAAUUAUUCAAGGCUUGGGACAGUAUUAUUUCAAGCUGUAACAAGGUGGUUUUUUCUUUUUUAAAUUUAUUUGCCUCUAGCUGCCUCAUGUCGAUCUAGUGUUUUAUAGUAUUUGUAUGGAACAGAGCGACUGGGUAUAAAAAGAGUCGCGAUGGAGUCAAACCUGGAUACCUUGGUGUGACAAUUCUAAGAUAUAUAGGAGAUGCCCUUCCAUCUCCUGAUAAGAGGUCAGUCAGUGUCACAUCAGGAACUCAAGGAUUCUAGUCACCUUUACUCUUCUAAAAAUCUAUGCCAUUCUCUUUUUCAAAGUUUUGUUCCUUUAAGAAGCUGUCCUACCUCCCAGGCUACCUCGUAGAGAUUUUGAGGAUCAAAGAGAUAAUAUAUCUUGAUGUGACAAUUUGAACAUAAACUAUUGGUGUUAAGCAUUGGCUGCUACAUUCUCAUGACUUUUUCCACUGUCAUUUUUUCUUGAGAAGACUGCUAAUAUAUAAUUACCUUUUUUAAAAAAAAAAUUAACUUCUUCAUAAGUGACUCCUACAUUUUCCUAUUGUUCAUCAUAACAUUUAGGAAUUUGAGAUAACAAAAGGUAUUAUACCUCAUCCAAAUCUUUUCUGAACAAAUUUUUGACUUGUCAAAAUAUAACUUUGCAUUUAUAAGCAUACUUUACUAUGCAGAAUCAGUUCAUUCAUCAUUUGUAUUUGAAACACUUCUCUGCCAUUUCUUGUGUUGAAAAUGAAGCAUUUACAAAGGUGAUCACACCAUAUAAAGGAGAUUGCUACCUCCCAUCUUGGAUGUCAUUUUGUACCAUUGUCAUGUAGGUGUAGAAUUUUUUGUACGUCUUACAUGUCUGUAGUUUUUAAUGUGUAACAUGCCUUAAUUGCAAAGGUGAAAAAUGACAUGACUAUAUUCCACUCUUAAAAUAAAAAUGGAAAACUGCCUUCCU